CCAGGUCCUGCUUCUCCAUCACUAGCUCCAGAGAAGACAUCAGCAGCCUUUCAGAACAAACCAGGACCAUGAAGGAAGUCGUGCUCAGCGUGGCCCUUGUCGUACUGUCUGCCCUGUGCGCCCAGGGUGAGGUCCCCGUCCAGCCGGACUUCCAGGAGGAUAAAAUUGUAGGGAAGUGGUACGGAAUGGCCCUGGCCUCCAACUCCGCAUGGUUCCAGUCUAAGAAGCAGGUGAUGAAGAUGUGCACCACCCAGAUCACACCCACCGCCGAUGGGAACCUAGACGUUGUGGCCACUUUCCCCAAGCAAGAUCGCUGUGAAAAGAAGAGUAUGACUUACAUCAAGACCGAGCAGCCCGGACGCUUCCUGUCUAAAAGCCCACGUUACGGCAGUGAUCACGUGAUCCGAGUGGUGGAGACCAACUACAGUGAAUACGUCUUGAUGCACACUCUGAAGACCAAGGGCGACCAGGUCAACACCAUCGUGUCUCUCUUUAGCAGAACAAAGGACAUAAGACCAGAACUGGUGGAGAAAUUCAGAAAGCUGGCUAAGGAACAAGGCCUGACCGACGACAACAUCCUCAUCCUGCCUCCCACCAAUAGCUGCAUGUCAGACGUCUAACAUAACAGAGUGAAGAUACAGUGCCCACACCUUUCCACUAGAUGGCGUCUGUGUUAUAGAUGGGUUAGCGCGCUACAGUAAAUGUUUGUACAAUUCUGCAUAUAAUAAAUUCCUGCAUGAAUCCCCA